GCUGCGGUGGGCGGGGUCGGCCGAGCCCGUCCGGCGUGGUCUUCCCCACGGACCCGGCGCUGCUGGGGGCGGCGCCACUAAGGCCCCGCCUCCCGCGUCGACUCCGAUUGGCUCUGGCGUGACGCCGUCAGCUCGCGGGGGGCGGAGACUCGGGCCGCUCCUCCCAGAGGCCGGGCCCGGGCCGCGUCGUCCGCCGCUGCGGUCCUUCCGGUUUCUGGGGGCCGCGUCGCCUCCUUCCGAAGGCUGGGGCCCUCCUUUCGCAGCGAACCCGUGUGGGUCGCGCCGGGGCGCCGUCCAGCACAACACCGGGUCGCUCCGGGUCUCGCCCCUCGGGAGGCUCUCGGCCCCUCGUUGCCCACUUCCCUGGAGGUGCCGGCCCCUCCCGCCCCUCUAAAAUGUCCAAUCACCUCCAGAGGGUCUUCCUGAAACCCGCAGAGGAAAGCUCGGGCAACGCCUCGCAGUGUGUUUCAGGCUGCAUGUACCAAGUAGUUCAGACGAUUGGCUCGGAUGGAAAAAAUCUUCUGCAAUUACUUCCAAUUCCUAAUUCUUCUGGAAAUCUUAUACCGCUAGUUCAAUCUUCAGUCAUGUCUGAUGCUUUGAAAGGGAAUACAGGAAGCCCAGUUCAAGUUACUAUUCAGACUCAGAUUUCCAGCUCUUCCACAAGUGCAUCAGUUCAAUUGCCCAUUUUUCAGCCAGCCAGUUCUUCAAACUAUUUUCUUACAAGAACAGUAGAUACAGCAGAAAAAGUUAGAGUUACUUCUGUGGGAACUGAAAGUUUUACCUCAUCAGUUUCUAAAGUUCAGAGUCAUGGUGUGAAAAUUGAUGGACUCACCAUGCAAACAUUUGCUGUUUCUCCCUCCUCAACACAAAAUGAUUCACCUUAUAUUUUAGUAAAUACUCAGAGUCUUCCAAUGACUGUGAAGUCUCCAGUUUUGCCUUCUGGGCAUCAUUUACAGAUUCCUGCCCAUGCUGAAGUGAAAUCUGUACCAGCGUCUUCAUUGCCUCCUUCAGUUCAGCAAAAGAUACUUGCAACUGCAACCACAAGUACCUCAGGAACAGUUGAGGCCUCCCAAAUACCAACUGUUAUUUACGUAUCUCCUGUAAACACAGUGAAAAAUGUAGUUACCAAGAACUUUCAAAACAUUUACCCAAAACCUGUUACAGAAAUAGCAAAGCCAGUGAUACUAAAUACACAAAUUCCAAUGAAUGUUGCUAAAGAGACACAAUUAAAAGGUGGUCAGCAUUCUCAAGCUGCUCCUGUGAAAUGGAUUUUUCAAGAAAAUCUACAGCCUUGCACUCCAUCUCUUGUUCCUGUUAAGUCUUCAAAUAAUGUGGCUUCAAAGAUUUUAAAAACUUUUGUAGAUAGUAAAAGUUUGGGAGAUAAUACUAUAAAUAUGCCAUCAUUGAGUACUGUGAGUCCUAGUGGGACACAAUCCAAAAGUAUGCCUAUUAAAGAUAAUGCUUUGGUUAUGUUUAAUGGGAAAGUCUAUCUAUUGGCUAAAAAGGGGACAGAUGUUUUGCCAUCACAAAUUGACCAACAGAAUUCUGUUUCUCCUGAUAUUCCACCAAGAAAUGAUACAUCACAAAUAGUGAGUUCAAGUGCAGUGACAGAAAUAUCCAGAGAGGUUGUAAAUAUUGUUUUGGCUAAAAGUAAAUCUUACCAGAUGGAGACAAAAUCACUCUCAAAUAUUCAGCCUGCUUCCAUGAUCAAUCUAAGGGCAGAGAAGAAUAAAAAAGUGGAGAAACCAUCUCUUUCUACCCCAAACCCACAUAAUAUGAAUCAAUCCAUUAACUACUUAAAACAGAGUAAGACUUUAUUCACAAAGCCAGACUUUCCAGUUGGAUUUAGUACAGUACAAAAUGCCCCCAGAAAAGGAAAUACCAUCCAGAGCAGAGAGAAAAUAAGUUCCUCUGUUGAUGCAACAACUCUUACUUCACAACAGUGUGUUUUCAGAGACCAAGAACCAAAGAUCCAGAAUGAGAUGGCAUCAACAUUCAAAAAAGUUACUCAAGAAAGAAAUGACAAGAACCAUUCCCAAGGAGGAAGCAAUAAGGCAUCAUAUUUGAAGAAUGAUGCUGAAUUUAAAAAGAUAUUUGGUCUCACUAAAGAUUUGAGAGUGUGCCUUACUCGGAUUCCUGAUAAUUUGGGUUCUGGAGAAGGUUUUGACUCCUUUAGCAAGAGUGUCUCUUACAAAGAGACAGAGUUGAUAGUGAAGGAGGAAAAGAAAAAACAGGGUUUUGAUAAGAAAAGAAAAGCAAAAACCGUUAAGAAGAUGGAUCACACAAAGAAGAGAAAAACAGAGAGUGUUUAUAACACAGCUGUAAAUGGAGGAAAUAACGUCACCAUGUCCCAACUUGUCAGCAGUAUUUUACCAGCUUCAGAUGUAUCACGUCAUAACAUUCUCACAGGCCACAACAAAACCAGAGAAGAAAAGAGAACUGAGGUUGAACACUAUACCCUAGAGAACCAGGAAAAAGGCACAUUGAGUUCAAAUGCAGCUUUUGAACAAAGUCAUUCCUUUAAUAAAAAUUAUACGGAAGAUAUUUUUCCCAUAAUGCCACCAGAGUUAGAAGAAACCAUUCGAGAUGAAAAAAUAAGAAGACUUAAGCAGGUGCUGAGAGAGAAGGAAGCAGCUCUUGAAGAAAUGCGUAAGAAGAUGCACCAAAAAUAAUAAAAUACUUCUGUACCUAAAGACUGCAAUGAAAUAUAUGUGUGUUUCUUUCAUAUAGUUUCACAUUAAGUUAAUUAUGGAUGCAUUCUGAAAGUGUUUUGAAUAUGAAACUUGUUCUUUCAUCAGUUGAUGAUUAAAUUUUAUUUAAGAACUACAAAAAAGGGAUCCCUGGGUGGCGCAGCAGUUUGGCGCCUGCCUUUGGCCCAGGGCGCGAUCUGGAGACUUCGGAUCGAAUCCCACGUCGGGCUCCCGGUGCAUGGAGCCUGCUUCUCCCUCUGCCUAUGUCUCUGCCUCUCUCUCUCUCUCUCUCUGUGUGUGACUAUCAUAAAAUAAAUAAAAAUAAAAAAAAAAGAACUACAAAAAAGAUUGAUUCACACACUAUGAAAAAAAAAGAUUGAUUCACACAUGACUCUUGUGAAUAAUCUACCUGGGGUAUCUGAAUCUUUGUCUAGAUACCUUUUAUGUUCUAUUUUUCUAUUUUAAUUAGAAUUCCUGAAAUUUGAAUAUUUGUGCGAGGUUUUUGUUAUUUGCAUCUUUAGCUGAACCGCUCAGGUGUUAUUUCAACAGUAGAUAAUUAUUGUAUACUACUGAAAUUAUACAAUGCAAGGGAGGAAAUCAGCUCUAAACUUAGCUUUGCCAAUUGGCUUAUAUAUGUACUCACUUAGUCUGUAUUCAUAAAAUGAUACCAUUGUUGUAAUUUUUUUAUUUCCUAAAAGAAAAUGUAUUAUAGCAGUAUUAUUUAAAAAUGCAAACAUUUCUCAAGAGGGAGGGGUACUUGUUUUGUGGCUCUUACAAAGUAGUUUUAUAUAAUCCAAAAUGGGUUUUAGAAUCCAGGCUGUAUAAUGUAUUUGCUUAAAGUUAUGCAUUAUUAUUCUUAGGUAAAUGGUUUUUUUUCUUCAUCCUCCUCCUCCUCUUCUCCUUUUUUGGAAUGUGUAUAUAUGUAACUGUGAAAAGUAAAUCUGAUCAAUGGCCACAUUUAAUACUUUUUAAAAUUGUCAAGUAUACUUUUUCUUAAUGGAGGCAAACAUUUUUCUGUCUAGUUAUGUUUGAUUUCGACAGUUCGGGAGUUGUGUGGCGAUAGGGAUUAAUGGGAAGAAGGAAAAGUUUGCCCCCCCAAAAAGGAACCCCCCCCCCAUGAACGAAUUUCCAGAAGUAAGGUCACAUAAAAUCUAUACACACUGAGAAGGAAGUAGAGCAAAUCCAAACUGAUCAACUAACUUUCUCCUGCCUUUUGUUUAUUGUAGUAGUUUUGUUGAGAUGAUUCACUUACCAUCAGUUCACCCUUUAAAAGUGUACAAUUCAGUGGGUUUUAUUAUAAUAGUUACAGAAUUGUGCAACUAUCAACGUGACCUAAUUUUAGGACAUUUUCAUCACUCCCCAAAGAACCUUAUACCCAUUAGCAGUCACUCCCCAGGCCCUCCUCCCGUCAGCUCUAGGCAACCACUAACACACUUUAUGUCUCUAUGGAUUUGUGGAAAUUCGUGAGCAUGGUAUAAAUCAUUCAGUAUAUUUUCUUACGGGAUUGAUUUCUUUCACUUAAUGUUUUCAAAGUUCAUUUGUGCUGUGGCAUGUAUUAGUACUUAAUUCUUUCUAUAAAUUAUUGAAUAAUAUUCCAUUGUUUGAAUAUA